UUCGUCGCUGAUUUUGCUUCCCGCCCUCUCUCAGAUCUGCCCGCCCUCACCCUAAUUUUUUUUCUCUGCCUCUCUCUCUCUGCUAUUCCUCAGAUCCCCCCUCCGCCAAACACCUCUCCGUCGCUCCCCCCUCCCCUCCGCCAGCCAUGAUGGCCACCCUCACCACCAUCGCCGUCGCUUCGUCCUCCGUUGCCAUACGCCCGUUCUGCGCCCACCAGCCCUCCCUCGCCCCAGAUCUGGGCGAGGUCGAGCGGCCUCGCCCAUGGCCGCCGCUCGACCUCGCCCAUGGCUGCUCGACCUCUGGGCGACGGCGAGGGCGAGCGGUGGCCAUGGGCGAGGCCGGGAUCCGGUGCUUCGUUGCCGAGGGCCGCCGGCGGGGGACUGGUUGAUUGCGUGGUGGUCGGGGGCGGGAUCGGCGAGCUCUGCAUCGCCGCGCGGAGCCCGUUCUUCGGGACCGCGUUCGCGGAGAGCGAGAGCGGGGCGAGGCUCGAAUCGGCGUGAGUUCUUUCUUGGGUGUUCUUCCUUUUUUUUUUCUGGGGAAAAGGAAGAAAAUGGAGAGGAGUACGCCGGUGAGGAAGCCUCACACUUCGACUUCAGAUCUGCUCACGUGGUCGGAGACUCCGCCUCCCCACGAUUCGGUCGCGCCCGGUUCGGCUUCCUCUCGCUCCAAUGCUCGCUCUCACCAGCCUUCGGAUGGGAUCAGCAAGGUGGUGUUUGGAGGUCCAAGUGACUGCAGAGAAAUCUGAGAAUUUGAACAAAAGGAAGUCUUGUUCUGCCUACAAGUUGAAAGAAAUCACCGGUAGUGGGAUUUUUGCUGCCAAUGGGGAAGAUGAUUCAUUGGAGCCUGGAAGUGCCAACCCUGCUUCAAAUAACAAAACAGGAUUAAAGAUGUACCAGGUCCUCCACAAUAUUGCGGUUGCUGAAUACUUUCGUGAUGGCUGUUCAGAUCCAAGAAGAUUGCUUGAAGUACUUAAUAACGUCAAUGUGUGGCAGUCCUUCAAACACACUCUCUUCAGAAUAUGCGAUCUACUCUAAGCUAUUGAGUUUUCAAUCAAUCUUGAUAUGUUGUGUUGAACACAGUGGGAGUAGGCGAGAGGGAAACACUGAUAGUUGCUUCUAAAUUAUCAUCUAGACAUCGAUGAAGGAGGUGAAUUACUUUGAACUUUGUCAUUCGUGUGGCAAAUGUUGAUGAAUGUAUUUCAUUUAUAUAUCAUUAUAAUAUUUUGAUGUUAUUAA